AUGACAAUCCAACACACUCAACUUGCCUCACCCACAAGGCUGGCCUGGCCACAGCUGAUCACCCUGUCCCACGGUGUCACCCGUAUCCUUGGAUUGGGGAACGAGUCGGUGUUCUACCCUCAAGGCGGGAGACUUUACCCACACCAUGACCAUGGCGGGCCGUGUACUCCAACGCCUCUUCACUUCUUGCUUUUUAUCCUUGGUGGGUUUCGUCAGUGUUGA